AUGGGUUGUUUAAUUUCCUGUGUUGCUUGCUGUUUCUGUGAUGCUGCCGCAAGUCUGUGUUGUAAAUGCUUGCCAUCCUGCAGAAACUCAACGUCAACGAGGUUGCUAUAUGGAUUAAUCCUGUUUACUGUGUUAAUAGUCUCGUGCAUUUGUCUUAAUCCAAGUAUAGCAACAUUUUUGAAAAAGAUACCUUACUUGUGCUCAACGGAACAGAGUAACAUAUGUAAUUUAAUAACCGGAUAUGGAGCAGUUUAUCGAUUGUGCUUUUCAUUGUCUCUCUUCUUCUGCUUCUUUUCUAUUUUCAUGAUACAAGUUAAAUCAUCAGCUGACUUUCGGGCGGCCAUUCACAAUGGCUUCUGGUUCUUCAAAAUUAUUGCAAUUAUCGGUAUCAUGGUUGGAGCAUUCUUCAUUCAUAGUUACGAGUUUCUCUAUGUGUGGAGGAUAUUUGGAAUGAUUGGAUCCCUGUGUUUUAUCAUCGUUCAACUAACCCUCAUAGUUGAUCUAGCCUAUUCAUGGAAUCAGGCUUGGAUAGAAGGAUUUGAAGAAUCCGGCAAUAGGGCAAUUAUCUGUGGUUUUAUCUUCUCCACCAUUCUCUUUUAUGCUUUGGCGUUUAUCGGAAUAGUCCUUUUCUAUGUUUACUUUGCCUCUGCUCCGGCAUGUCGUUUGGGUAAAAUGCUUGUGAGUAUUAAUCUGAUUUUCUGCGUGAUCUUCAGUAUCAUUUCAAUUCUUCCAAAAAUACAAGAGCAUCUUCCCAACUCUGGUCUUCUACAGUCUUCAAUAAUCAGUGCCUACGUUGUAUUCCUGACUUGGUCAGCCUUGGUGGACAUUCCGAUAGCAGAAUGCAAUCCAACUUUGAAUUUGAUUAAUGUAACCAUCAUUGAUUCCAGCAAAAAUAAAGUCACAGUGGAGACUUCAAAUUUGUCCUUCAACUGGCAAACCGGCAUCUCCAUCACAGUUACUCUUCUUUCGAUUGCUUUCGCUUGUAUCCGCAACUCCUCGAGUAAUUCUCUCAGUCGAUUAACUAUGGAUGUAGGUUAA